GAAGGAGGUUGUGAUUACGCUGAUCAGAUGAUCAUACAGUCACCAGCUUGGUGACUACAAUCAGCUCCAUAUGCUGGUGUCACAAGGCCAAAAAGUCAUGUUGACUAUUCUGUUGGUUGCGGCAAUGUUUUGCCAAGGGCAGUCAUUGAGCGACUAUGGGUAUUACUUCAUCACGGCAUUCCCGGAGAACAUUGCUUCCUACUAUCCACUUUAUCCAUCGAAUUAUCUGAAAAUCACCGCCCUCUAUAAUGACACUUCAGUGGACGUUUACUUCAAUCGAAUGUUAAUAUACAAUAGUACUCUGCAAUCAGGAUGCACUGAAACUGUGAUCCUCCCUGUGGAAGUUGAGCAAUAUCAAUUCGGUCAAUCCUACGAGUCUGUUGUGAUACAAGGUUCAUAUUACAUUGUGGUACAGUCAGUCAGUCAGCGAGGAGAUAGUGUGCAGACAAAUGUGGUUCAGCCUUUACAAAAUCUUGAUACAUUUUAUACCAUCCCCUCUCUGAAUUACAGUGAGAUGAUUUCUACCUUCAGUCAAAUGUCCGUAAACAUCAGCAAGAAAUACAGUUCAUUCAGGCUGAUCAUUAUAAACUCACAAGGUCUGAAUAACCAGGUAAUAAUUCAACGGCAACAGUUUCAGGACACGGUAAUCAUACUUCAGCCUCAUGGCCUUGUCCAACUUCCAAUCAAUGGUUCGGAAAUCACCAUAGAAGCCGAUUAUAAAGUGGCUGUACUGCUUACCCACCCAUGUGUAGAAACAAAAAGUUGCAGAUGCAACAUGGUGGUGAAUCAACUUCGUCCUGAUUUCAAGUGGAGGAAUGAAUUUAUUGUGCCCUCCGUGGUCAACUUGGGCACAAAUUGGCUACAUGUGACAUCCACAAUGAACAUUACACUUUACAGUGGUUGGAAUUUAGAACCCAGUAAUUUUGAACCUUAUCCAUCAAAUACCCUAUCCCUCCCAUCUGUGCAGUCAGAUUCCCAAUACAUCUACACCUCUAAAGCUGCUUCCGUUCGACUUGUCAGUCCAGGCCUCUUCAUUGAACUGAUCCCAUUUAACAUGUUUCGUGCGUGCUACAUGGUGCAGUUCAAGUCGACACAGGGUGAGGUCUUGGUGAUAGCUGAAACAUUCUAUAGGGAUGAUGUGUACAUAGACAGUGAUUUGCUCUCAUCCACUGAGUGGAGCCCCAUCAUCAAUACAGAUUACUCUUCUGUAUCAGUGAUCCUUGAUGGGGCACACACCAUCUGGCAUCCAUCCACAAGAAUUGGAGUGUACAUGUUUGAGAGGAUGACGAGUGGAAUUCCUUACGGAGGCCCAGCUAUUGCUUUGAAGACUCAACCAGACCCCCUUGGCUGUUUAUUGCACUCUACUGGGUUUGAAAUCAUUCAAACACCCAUGACCUGGGUUGAAUCCCAUCAAAACUGCAUUUUCACAAAAGGCCAGCUGAUCAUUCCAAACACUGCAGAGGCCCAAAUGCAGAUUGCCAACUUUCUGGAUAGUCAAGAAGUACAAGAGGACCUCUGGAUUGGACUGCGGCGCAGUCUGUUCACAUUAGACUGGUACUGGCAGAAGGGUAACGUGAGCAUAUACAACUCAAGCUACACACAUUGGGGAAAUGGGGAGCCCGGUGAUCAUUUGAAGGGCAUGUGUGUUUCUAUAUUCCCAAAUUCCAUCAUAGAUUAUCCUUGGAAAAGUGUGCGCUGCUGCACUAAAUUGAAGUCUGUCUGCUACAGGACGGCUCAGUACUUCAGUCUGACUUAAAUAUAACAGUCACUGAUUCUGAAUAUCUAAAAUUGAACACUCACAGUUAAAAAUUGGCUGCUGUGGUUGAUAAAACGUAAUGAUAAAAAUAGAAUGGCAUUACAGGAUAGCACUUUGUUGUCUGUUUAUUUUACAAUUCAUAACUGUUUACAACUUUUUGAAAAAUAAUGUUAACAUACCAAGCUUGAGAUACCAAAAUAUUACUUGUAGUAAAUACAAUAAAACAUAAUAAGUCAAAUAGGCAUGUAGAUGUGGAGUUGUUUGAGUUGUUUAUGAUCUGUGGUCUAAAGAUUUUAGCUUAUUUUAAAACCAUAUAUAAUGUAUGUAGGCCUACAUCUUAUUUACAAUAUUCACACUGUUUAUCUUAAAACAUGUAUUUAUAUGUUGUUAUUAUCACUUUAUUUUUUCAGCAAGUCCUUUAUUACUGUUAGUUACAUCAUUUAAUUUAUUUUCAAAUUAAUUGAUUUUGCAUCAUGACAUUAAUAAACAAACAUUUUGUGAAACAUUAAAUGAACUCUCAAAAAACAACCAAACAUCAUUAUAUUUAGAAACAUACGUGUCUAUUAAGAUGUGUUUGUACAUGAGGGUAAGUAAAUUAUGACAAUUUUAAUUUUGGUGUGAACUAUGAACCUUUAAAAUGGAUAUAUUCCACAAAGUUUGACAAGCUGAAGUGUACAAAGUAGUAGAAUACAGUAUCUAUUGUUUUAUGAUUUUAAAUCAUCUUAUUUAAAAAUGUAUUGGUGCUAUAUUUCUUUAAAAUAAAUGCCACUUGCUUUGAUAUUUUGUUAAACAAAAAUGCAAAUAUAUUCAUACAUUUUAAGUGUGGAUAAAUUGUUCAAAUAUAUUUGUUGCACACUGUAUAUUAAUUGCUUACAGUUAGAAUGUGUGGUUAAUAAACUUUCAACUUUCAU